AUGAGUGAUCCAAAGCCCAACAACCCGCCCAAUUCAUUCCCGACACCACCUCAAAACGAACCAGGCCACCUCUACCCCGGCGGUCCAACACCCACCUUCAACCCCCCACCACCAUCCACAACAACGAACACCACCACCACCGCCACCAACCCAACGCAAGACUACCACCUCAACCACCUCGCCAUCCGAAUCACCGACCCUUCGCGCUCCCUUCAUUUCUACGUCGACCUGCUCGGCAUGCGCACAAUCUUCACCUUCAACGCCGGCCCCUUCACAAUCUACUACCUCGGCCAUCCACCCGCGCACAUCACCACGGCCGACGGCCUCGCAGCCUGGGCCCGCGAAACGAGCGCCAUCCCCGCUCUCACCCGCACAAAGGGCCUGCUGGAACUGUAUCACAUACAUGGUACCGAGAAGGUGGAGAAUGGGAACGAGGCGCCGGGUCUGGGGUUCGCGCAUUUGGGAUUCACGGUGCCGGAUGUGAAGGGGGCGGUGGCGCGGUUGAGGGACGCCGGAGUGCGAGUUUUGAAGGAGGUGGGCACUUGUGCGAGGGAGGAGGUGCCGCUUUCCAAGUGGGAGGAGGAGAGGGGCGUUGGGGUCGGGGAGAUUCAUGAGAAUUAUGCGGCUUUCUUCAGGGAGAUUGCGAUGGUGGCGGAUCCGGACGGGUAUUGGGUCGAGUUGGUUCCCCAGCAGAUGUAG